CCCGCAAAGCCGCGACCCAAUCCCAUCUCAUCGCUCGCUUCGCUGCUCCCAUUUUUCUCCACGCCUUCUCAUCCCCUGCUCUCAUGGCGUCCUCUCUACUCGCAUCCAUCAAGCCCUUCGUUCUCGCCCACCCGUCUCCAUCUCGCUCGCGCCCUCUUUGUGCUGUGCCGCGACGCUGCUCGGUCAGAGCUGCAGUCGCGGGGAAGAAACUGGAGCCAUCCAAGGUGGUUCCCCAAGCUGAUAGAGUUCUUAUUCGUCUGGAGGAGUUACCCCAGAAAUCUGCUGGUGGAGUUCUGAUGCCAAAAUCAGCUGUAAAGUUUGAACGGUAUCUAAUGGGUGAGAUUCUGUCAGUGGGCUCUGAUGUUAGUCAGUUGGAAGCUGGAAAGAAGGUUUUGUUCUCAGAUGUCAAUGCAUAUGAGGUGGAUCUGGGUUCAGAUGCAAAACAUUGUUUCUGCCGAUCUAGCGAUUUACUUGCCAUUGUUGAGUAGUCCUUUAAGUUCUUGAUGUAGCUGCGCGUCCAUUGUUCCUGUUCUUUUGCUGCUUGACUGGUUUUUUGGGUUGAUGCUCAAUAGACACUACAAUGCUACUUUAUGUAUGGCAUUAGAUUUAAUCUCUCUUUUCUCGUCUUCCUCGUUUGCACUGUAUGGACAGCUAUAAGAAUUUAAGGAUGAAUUGAGAUUAAGAAAGAAACCAUCUUAAGUUAUUGUCAA